UAGUUCAUCCUAUAUAACGGCAUACACGGUUCUUUCGGUCUCUGCAUCGACCGUAGGAUGCACACGACCAAAGAUUAUUUACAAAACUCUGACAUAAGUUUCACUGAAAGGCGCAAAGGAGGAAGGAAGAAGAACUAAGCACCUCAUUCAUUUCUCAAGGUAGCUAUAUGAAGAAAGAAGGGGAUCAUCAAGCAUCAUCACCAGUGGAGCUAGGGAAGAUGAAGGGAGUGAAGUCUGUCACUAUCUGCACAACGCUCAUGCUGCUGCUGUUCUUCCAGCAGCAGCAGGUGUGUGAUGCCUUCUCGUUGUCAAAGUUCUGCAGCUGCUACGGCGACUGCUACCCGGACUGCAGGGAAACCCGCGGCGGGCCGGCAUUCUGCAAGAUCCUCUGCUCCGGCAAGUGCGUCUUCAACGGUGGCGAUUGCCGGAGUGUCUGCACGCAAGCGUCCAUCUGCGGCACCGCCACCGCCGGCGACGAUAUGGGAGAUAAUGCUGAUGCUGAUGCAGCAGCCUGUGUGCAGGGUUGCGCCUAUCAUCUCAGCCGACGCCACUGAGCUGAUCAGGUUGUGUUUUAACAUUUUGCAUUUGCAUUUGGAG